AUGGUCGUCCCAUGUGAUUCUCCUUCUCCGCUACCAGGCUUAGCGCUCCUUGGCCACCAACAAGAAACAACGGCCAUGCCAGUCACAAGAAGGACGAGCAGGCGAGAAGGCGACCUUUGCUCCACCAUCGCCGCCACCCCCAAGAAGAAUGUCUCACUUAGUUGGAUCAAGUGGAUGUCUGGCCCUGUCAACCCCGGGCUCAGUGCUCUAGCCCCCGUCCAACAUGAGUUCGUCCCUGAACAUACCGCCAACAAUCUCAGGGGAAUGUACCCCGUACGGAGUACAGAGUUCUUCGUGGGUCAAGAGCCACAGCUGACAUUGCUGCUUAGCCGAUGGCCGAUGGUAAUCGCGACCAUGCAGGUACGAGGCCCUCCGAUCGAGCAGAUUAGCUGGUAA